AUGUCGUUAACACCAAUGGAAAGAUUGACCCUGGAAGUAUAUAAUGAUGAAUCAGUUGGUAAAAUGGAAGCAAAAGCUAGAGUUAAAUUUAUAAAAGAAGAAGGCAAUAAAGUAAUAUAUCAAGGAAUAUAUCCAGUUGAACCAUUUAGAGAAGGAGCAAGAGGAACUUAUGGUGGGGAUUUUGUAUCACAAGGAUUAAAUGCAGCAUGGGAAUCUGUUGGUAGAGAUAAUUUUCAACCUCAUUCUUUACAUUCAUAUUUUGUAAAAGCUGGAUCAAUUGAAAGUUUAUUAAGAUGGGAAGUUUUAAAAAUAAGUGAUUCAAGAAAUUUUGCUAAUAGAAUUGCAUUAGCUUAUCAAGAACAUACAAAUAAUUUAGUAUUUACUAUACAAGUAUCAUUUACUAAAGAUAAUGAUUUAAAUAUUAAAGAAGAAGAAUUUCAAAAAUUGGUGGCAAGUGGAGCAGAUAUAAAAAGUGUACCAUUUCAAUUUAAAAGAAGUCCUAAUCAAAAAUAUUUUAAAUAUAAAGAUGAAGUUGAUGAUUUACCAUAUUUUGAACAUACAAAUGGAAAUCUUGCACAUGCCGUACCACCAGAUUUUUUUUCAAAAACUAAAAAUUUUGAUAUAAAUAAAAUUGGAGAUGUUGAAUUAGGAUUAUUUGUUAAAGUUCUUGAUGAUUAUUCAUUAGGUAAAGAUAAAAUAAAACAAUCAUUUUUAGGAUUAGCAUUUGCAUCAGACGCAUUAUGGUUAGCUACUAUAAUAAAAGCAAUAGGAUUACCUUUAUCUAAAAAUGAAUCAGAUUUUUUUAGAGUAAGUUUAGAUCAUAUAUUAUAUUUUCAUGAUUUAAAUUUUGAUUCAAGUAAUUGGUUAUAUUUAGAUUAUAGAUUUGUUUCAAUGGGGAAUAAUAGAAUAUUAGGAAUAGUUAAUUUUUAUACUUUAGAUGGUAAAGCUAUCGCUACUACUGUUCAAGAAGCUUAUGGAUUUAUACCUAAAUAUAUGGUUGAUGAAAGUAAGAAAUUACAUGAAAAAUAUAAUGGUAGUUCGGGAGAAGUUGCAAAAUUAUAA